ACUGUCAUUGAUAAAAACACGCGAGUUUUUUCGGAGAUUCCACGAUGAAAGUGAAGAGAAGGAAUAAAUUGCUGAAAUAUCUCGAAUUUUACAAGUUAAACUAUGGAUUCAGGCAGCCCUAUCAAGUCUUAAUAGACGCCACUUUUUGCCACCAUGCCCUGAGUAAGAAAAUCAAAAUAAAUGACCAAAUCACUAAUUACCUGGACGCUGAGGUGAAAUUCAUCACAACGAGAUGCUGCAUUAUGGAAACAGAGAGUCUGGGACCGACUUUCUCAAAGACCACCUUUGUCCUUAAGUCCUUUGCUAUCCAUCGCUGCAGUCACAGUGAAGACAAAAUUUCCGGAUCGCAGUGCAUAAAAACCCUAGCGCCCCAGAGUCGCUACAUUGUGGCCACGCAGGACAAGAGCUUGCAGAACUGGUGCAGGAGACAUCCAGGGCAGCCUGUGUUGUAUUUCCAUGGAGUGACACCGGUUUUUGAAGCCCCUUCGGACGCUACAAAAACUUCUGUGAACAUUCAGAUGGAGAAGCAGUUGAAUAACCUGGGAACACUAAAAGUGGAGCCCAAGGAGGCGCAGCCGGUGAAGAAGAAGCGCAAGAAAAAGAAUCCGAAUCCACUUUCGUGUCUGAAAAAGAAAAGAAAACCUCAACUGAAUCCAACUGCAAAUAAUCCAGAGAAGUCUGAAAAGAAGAAACGCCGCAGGAUAAAAAUCCCGCAGCACGUGAAGGAGGAACUAAAGUUAUCAAGCUAAAGUGCGAAAUAUUUUAUUAACAAUUUUACAAUAAAAAAUGAUGAUUAAAUUAGCCGUGAAUGAAGCACAAAUUGCA